AUGGCCGAUGCAGAGGGCAGUCCCACGACGUGGAAGUUUACACAGUGCUUCGGUGACAAAGGCGAUGUCGAAGACAUAACAGAAGCUGACAUCAUCUCCACUGUCGAGUUCGACCAAACGGGCAACUACCUUGCAACAGGUGACAAAGGCGGUCGCGUGGUGUUGUUCGAGCGAAACGAAACUAAAAAAACCUGCGAAUACAAGUUCCACACCGAGUUCCAAUCGCACGAGCCAGAGUUCGACUACCUAAAAUCCCUCGAGAUCGAGGAGAAGAUCAACAAGAUCAAGUGGUGUCGUCGCCAAAAUGCUUCGCACUACCUUCUUUCCACAAAUGACAAGACAAUCAAGUUAUGGAAGGUGUUUGAGAAGUCGCUGAAGGUGGUAGCUGAAAACAAUCUAUCACACGAGCUGACGCCCGGUGGCGGGGUUGCUGGUGGAGGUGGUCCCGUCAGGAACCCGAACGCGCACUUCCGCAACGCCACCGACUUGAAGCUUCCCCGCCUUACACAUCACGACACUGUUGUUGCAGCAGUACCUCGAAAGACGUAUGCCAAUGCCCAUGCAUACCACAUCAACAGCAUAUCAGUGAACAGCGAUGGCGAGACGUUCAUUAGCAGUGACGAUCUUAGGAUUAACCUUUGGAACCUCAACAUCCAGGACCAGAGCUUCAACAUUGUCGAUAUCAAGCCAGCAAAUAUGGAGGAGCUGACAGAGGUCAUCACCGCCGCAGAAUUCCAUCCCCUUAGCUGCAACUGGUUCAUGUACGCGAGCUCCAAGGGCACCAUCAAGCUCGCAGACAUGCGAGAGUCUGCUCUCUGCGACCAGCAUGCCAAGCAAUUCGAGCAAGAAGAAGACCCAUCGUCCCGCUCUUUCUUCUCGGAGAUCAUCUCCUCCAUCUCCGACGUGCGCUUCUCCCACGAUGGGCGAUACAUCCUGUCACGCGACUACCUGACUGUGAAGAUUUGGGAUGUCAACAUGGAGCGAACUCCUGUCAAGACCAUCCCAAUCCACGAACAUCUUCGACCAAGGCUGUGCGAUACAUAUGAGAACGACAGCAUUUUCGACAAGUUCGAGGUCGUCUUCUCUGGUGAUGCUAAGAACGUCAUGACCGGAAGCUACAACAACAAUUUCAUGAUCUACCCAUCAGAUCCAGAGAAGGAUACCGAGGUUGUUCUACAAGCUGACAAGUCUGCAUUCAAGGCCAAGAAAGUGGGCAUUCCUACCCCAAUGAACUCGUCGACUAGCCCUACAGGCAGCACCAGUAAGAAGGGUGGGUCAAGAGCAGGCAGCCCUGCAGCAGGCGCAGUCGGCCAGGGACAGCGGAUGAGGAAGGAAACCGAUGCAGACCAGAUCGACUUCAACAAGAAGAUUCUGCACAUGAGCUGGCAUCCAUUCGAGGACAGCAUUGCUAUCGCAGCAACCAACAACCUUUUCGUCUUCUCUGCAUUGUGA